AUGAAAACAUUUUCAUUAUCCUUCUAUUUCAUAACUCAUAAGAGAACAAAAAAAAGUAUGGAAACUUCACAUUAUUUUCGACGUCAUGGCUUCAUCUUCAUCGUUUUGCUUCUUGUUAUGAUUCUUUUCUCUGUGUCUUCUUUUGCUUCAGAGAUCAGUGGUUCUUAUGAUGCAAGAGGCAUUAAAACCCACAAUGAUCGGAAACGUAAUCUCUCCGGUUCCAAGCCUGGAGGAUCUCCUCCACCAGGCAAAGAAUAUCCACUAGCAUCUUGCGACAAAGGAUACGUUUUUUCUGAGAUAAAAUUCGCCGACUAUGGCCAGCCCUCUGGUUCAUCAUGUGAAACGUUGAAACGCGGAAAUUGCGGUGCGCCGGCGACUAUGAGGCUCGUCAAAAAGAUUGUCUUGGAAAAGAUCGGUGUAGCUUAUAUAUUACAGACGAGAUGUUUGGGCCGACCCAUUGCAAAGGACCUCGCAUCUAUAUGUUGUUGA